CCACCGUUGACUGCCUCUCAUAGAGCUGCCUCCUCAGCCUCAACCAGGACCAUUCAGGCUACAGAAAGGGGUGCCGGCUGCAGGCCUCACAACCAGCCCGCCAAUGCCUGCCUGGGGGGCCCUGCUGCUGCUCUGGGCUGCCACGGAGGCCACCAACGACUGCCCCGCAGAGUGCACCUGCCAGGCUCUGGAGACCAUGGGGCUGUGGGUGGACUGCAGGGGGCGGGGACUCAAGGCCCUGCCCGCCCUGCCAGUCCACACCCGCCACCUCCUGCUGGCCAAUAACAGCCUCCGCUCCGUGCCCCCUGGUGCCUUCGACCACCUGCCCGGGCUGCAGAUCCUCGACGUGAUGCACAACCCCUGGCACUGCGACUGCAGCCUCACCUACCUGCGUCUCUGGCUGGAGGACCACACGCCCGAGGCCUUGCUGCAGGUCCGCUGUGCCAGCCCCGCGCUGGCCACCACCCGGCCGCUGGGCUGGCUGACGGGCUACGAGCUGGGCAGCUGCGGCUGGCAGCUACGGGCGCCCUGGGCCUACCCGGGGGUCUGGUGGGAUGUGGCACUGGCUGGUGUGGCCGCGCUGGGCCUGGCUCUCCUGGCUGGCCUGCUGUGCACCACCACAGAGAUGCUCGGCUGAGCCCCUCCCAGACCCCGCCAGGCCCAGGC